UCAGCUGCUUCUUUUUCUUUCUGUAGUUCUGUAAUAUGGAUCCACAGGUGAACCUCAGUGUUACCUUCCAAGGUGACACCCAGACCUUCCUCGUAUCAGAUUCAUCAAAUACAACAUGGGCUGAUGUGGAGGCCAUGGUAAAAGUCUCAUUUGACCUGAAUAAUAUCCAGAUCAAAUACUUGGAUGAAGAUUGCGAUGAGGUGUCUGUCAACAGCGCAGAGGAGUAUGAAGAAGCUCUGAAGAUUGCUGCAAAACAAGACCACAAGUUACAGAUGAAUGUUUAUGAAUUAAGUGCUGCUCCAGGCACCUCUUUGUGUCGAGUCCUUGAGGCAUCAGAGGUGUUUCCUGUUCCUGAGGAUGGGAGGAAACCUCUCUCCCACUUCUCCGCGCUUCCUCAGACCUUGGGACCAGACAGAGACCUGGAAAGAGAGUUUGAGAAGACUCAGAGUAAGGACCAUCCCAGCCAGGAACCUCCUGAGUGGUUCACAAGCUACUUGGAAAAGUUUCGGGAGCAAGUGGUACAAGAGACGGUUGAGAAGCUUGAGCAGCAGCUGACUGAGAAGCUGCACCUUUCCAGCCAGCUGCCUGGCUCCCUGAGCAGCUCUGCCCGGCACUCCCCUGCGGGCAACCCCUUUGACUGGCUUCUCCCCUGCAGCAAUUGCCAGGCUCCCAUUAUGGGCAUUCGCUACCAGUGCAGCGUGUGUCCGUCCUAUAGCAUCUGUGAGCUGUGUGAGGCUGGGAUAUAUGCCCACGAUCCCAACCAUGUGCUUCUGAAGCUGCGGAGGCCUGCCCUGUGCCUCUCGGAGACAUACAGCCUCGGACAGUUCUCGCCUCGCCUUGCCACUCUUGAACAUCUCAGGCUCCAGAAGCAGGUGGACAAGCGUUUCCUGAAGGCGGAGAAGCAGCGCUUGCGAGCGGAGAAGAAGCAGCGCAAGGCAGAGGUGCGGGAACUCAAGAAGCAGCUGAAGUUACACCAGAAAAUUCAUCUGUGGAACUCUGUCCAUGCUCUGGACAGCGUUGGCUUGACAGCUGCCAGAUCUGAGAGCCUACAACUCAAUGCACUUCGUCCCCUCCAGGGCUGCCCGGUCAUUGUCCCCACACUAAGUGCUGCCUUUGUGGAUGAAAAUCUGCCAGAUGGAACCCACCUUCAGCCGCAAACAGCCUUCAUCAAGCAUUGGCGUAUGAGGAACAUUGGCAGCAUGGAAUGGAAUUUUGACACCAAGCUGAAAUUCAUGUGGGGGAAUUUGACGCUGCUCUCCUCAGAGAAGAAAGACGUGACGGUGCCUUCCCUGCGACCAGGGCAAGUGGGAAUCGUGUCUGUAGAGUUUGUGGCCCCCCCGGUGGAAGGAACUUACACGUCUCACUGGCGGCUCUCACACAGAGGGGAACAGUUUGGGCCCCGGAUCUGGUGCAGCAUUGUAGUGGACGCCUCCAGCACGGACUGCCCAGAGAGCAUUAAACAGAUGUGCAGUUUUAGCCAGAAGGGCAGAUCCCUUUGUACAAAAGAGGAAAGAUCCACAGAGCCCAAGGCAGACGAACUCCAGGCUGCCAACGCCGCCAUCCAGGGAGGGCUAGCCAGCCCAGCUGCUCCACCACAGGCGAAGAGCAUCACCUGCGAGAGAGAGUGUUACAUUCCAUCAGUUGACCUCCUCACAGCCCAGGUGAAACUUCAGGACUUGCUCUCCUUUGAGUUGCUGGACAUCAACAUUGUGCAAGAGCUGGAGCAGGUUCCUCACAGCAGUGCUGCAGACUCUCAGGAAGGCAAAGGGAAGCCCGAAUACCCAGCCAGCCAAGAAGAAGGAGAUGAAGAUAUGAGUGGGACGCAGUUUGUGUGCGAGACAGUCAUCCGCUCUCUGACCUUGGACACUGCACCCGACCACAGGCCCCCACAAAAGAAAAAAUCUUUGCAGACUACUCAACAGGCACUACAGGAUACCUCCCACUAUAGCCCAAAGACUGGUGAUGCCGCUAGGAUCCAGAGCAGUUCCACUUCCACAGUACAAGAAUCAGAAUACUUGAAUCUGGGAACCGAAGUGGCCGAAGAGCCUGAGUUUGAGAAACUCCUGGUGCCAGAUGGUGAAGAAUCAGGCGACAGAGACGCCGACAACGAUGCACAGGAUGAAGUCCAUAGCCAGGUGUCCUCCACCUCCUCUGAGGAUUAUGUGGUCAUCCUCCCAGAGUGCUUUGACACCAGCCGCCCUCUGGGCGAGUCCAUGUACAGCUCUGCUCUCUCGCAACCAAGCUCGGAGAAAGGAGCCGAGUGCCCAGCCAGUCCCAGAAGAGAGACCCAUCUCACAGCUCACAGCAUCAGUGAUAUCCUGACCACGACGCAGGUCCUGGAUGCAGUGCCACUGACCCCACAGAUCGUGGGGCCCCAGCCAGUAAGGUCUCUAGACCUUUCCCAAGAUGAGAGUCCUCAAGAAACAAUAUCUCAAGAAGCGUGUUUGUCUGCUCCAGACCCAGCAAGAGAAGAUGUUUCUGCAGUUCAGCCUGCAGAGAUUGUAACCAGUGUGUUAGCAUCUUCCGAAUCCUCCAGACACACCCAAGGAAACAGCCUGGCCGGGGGCUUGAUGAAAGGGGCCUUAUCUGUGGCUGCUUCAGCCUACAAGGCCCUGUUUGCUGGACCACCCUCCGUGGAGCAGGCUCUUCCUGUGAUCACUGAGGAGCAGAUGACAGCCUUCUUGGCCAACCUGAGUGAGAUGGGCUUCUGUGACCGGCAGCUCAACCUUCGACUGUUGCAGAAGCACAACUGUGACAUGGCCCAAGUGGUCACAGAGCUACUUCAACAAAGCCACAGUGACUGGUAUGGGAACCAGUACUGAGCCGCCUUCCAAGCAUAAAGCAGCAGACCUCACUUCCGGCUCCCUUCUGUUCCAGCAGAGCUGGCUUGGCUUCCACCUUUUGUUGUACCUCUAGUUUCUUUUUGUUCCGCUAAAAUCCUGUGUAGCGUCUCCCGCCCACCCCCAGU